GAGGAUGCUACCGCCACUUCGCUUUUGUACCACCACCACCCUCCUCUUCCACCAUGGGGAUGUCCGCAGAGUCCCGUUACGAGCACAAUCUCAAAGUUUUACGUCGACGUGAUCCAUCUAUUAUAUCCAUAUUCGACCAGUUCAGCCAUGUUUGCGUAUACCAUCAUAACGGAGAGAAAUGGGAAAAGCAUGGCUUCGAGGGGAGCAUGUUCCUUUAUGAACGAGACUCAUACCCACCCUAUGGUUUCUAUAUACUGAAUCGCAUGGGAGUGGCGGAUUAUGUCCAGAGAUUGCACCCAGAGGAUGACAUCGGUGCUCAUGGCUCAUAUCUUAUGCUCAGAUCCUACCCAGACUUCACCCGUGAACGAAUGGCGCAUCUACCACAAGGACACCCCAAAUUUUCCGAUGUCUAUAAAUUCGACAAGGAUAAGUUUACACCGCAGCAGAAGGGGGUUAACGAAGUGAUUGGGCUUUGGAUGUUCAAUACUGAUGCUCGUGAGCCUAUGAUUGAUGUCAUGAUACGACUCCAUAGUUAUAUAAAACGAAAUAUAGCAUACCCUGACGAGUAUAAAUAUGGGCCUGAUAGACCACCCCCACCCAACCCCCAUCUUCGAACGACGAACAACGUACCAGGUCGUACAGCGUCUGCUGGUUCUACAUCCACUACAACGGCCUCUACCACAUCAUCUCCAUCAUUGAAUCCUCCAAGCGGUGAUCUCGCGAUUUUACUGGCUAAACUCUCUUCGCCGUCUGAAUCUUCGUCGACGUCGGCAAUUGUCCCAUUGCCCGAAACGAGACCGAAGCCAGUUACGAAAAUGUCAGUAAAUGACCUUUUCGCUGCUGUACAAGGUCACACCCCUGUGCAAACUCCUGGUGAGAGUUCCACUAUUGGUCCACCUUCUACGACAUCAGGCACAGGAAUCGCUCUUCUCGAUUCCAUAUUCGCCUCAGCUGCAUCUUCAUCUUCAUCUAUCCCAAGUUCUUCAUCAGCACUCUCUACAUCUUCCUCGAGAACAAUUCAACCACAAACCACCACUACCACCACUACCACCACCACCACUGUCACGAGCGAAACUACUACGACAUCCCCAAGUGUAUCCCAUGCACGGAGGCCUUCAACGGCAUCCGUCUCGACCACAUCUUCACGUUCUGCAGGCGCUGUGCCACACAGGCAACCGAAGCAAAACGCUCAGAUCUAUUCACCCCAGCCGUCAUCUAACAAACCCAACGGAAUACUAACCCUCACACAGGCGGUUGUAGAUGGGCUUCUAGACGGAAGCGGGGUAGGAAAAGGUGCUUUCACAGGAGUGGGUGGUGGAGAGGGUAUCGUCAUCAACGGCGACAACAGUCAUACAUCCGAUAGAGAAAGUGCGGCUCAUCUUCAACUUUCUUUCGAUAACGACCAGAGUAACGAGGAACCAGACGUCCAUGAUGAGGACGAAGAAGAAAUCCUCGAGUUGGAUUUCGCAGAUACACGGGCCUUGAGUGACUUGGCCGUGUUUGAUUCGAGAGAACGGAAACGGGAGAAACGGAGAACCAAGGGCAAAUCCACACCUAUCACGACACAGUCUCAGGACAAGGCGGGGGGCACCACUGAUUCUGUUUUGGACGCAUUGUUCUUGCGCUCGCGGCCGACGACGGAGAAUGCGGAAGUAGUGAAGGUCAAUGGGAAUACGGACCACGCUCCUUCCGUUGUAAAGGAAAGCAGCGUGACGGAGAGCAUCUUAGACGCGUUAUUCGCGAAUGCUGCCCAGAAUGAGCAACUAGGAGGUCAGUCAGAUUUGGGUGCAAUACAGGGAAAAGACGAUCUAGUCAGGGAGGUCGAGAGGUUGUUGAAGCACGAUCAACGGUUCUCUGAUGUUUUAUGGGAAGCGUACGAGGCGAGGGAGCGGGGCAGUACUUUCAUAAACUCCAAUCAACGGAAACGGAACAGGAGAAGAUAA